AUGAACCACGACUAUCUUUUUACCGAAGAGGAAAGGGCAAACUUCUCGCCGCAAGAAAUAGCUAACCUGAUGGCCCUGUGCAACUAUAUGAAUGGUAUCGAAACUUCAGCCGUUGCAGCCUCUGAACAGGAGGGGGACUCCCAAGGGCAGCAGUCUGCAGAAUACAAGCUAGAAAAUCAAGCCAAGGCUAUGGAAGCCGACACCCAGGGCAAUAUCGAACAUAAAGACGAACAUCCAGCUAUGGACAGUGUUGCAUUUGAUUUUGACGAUUUAAUUAACCUCACCGGUUCCCCAGAUCGGAUGUCUGACGCUGAUUUAGCCCCAAAGCACCAGCAGGCACAGAGUAGUUAUCAAAAUGCUCAUACCUCAUCUAUUUCCGAAAUGGCUCAUCCUUCGACCAUGUUACCCGAAACUAUUCUCGGAACCAAGGAUUCAGGGUCUGUUACUUCUGACGGAUGCGGGCAACUAAAACAAUCCCCGCCUGAUUACGGCAUGGAUAUGGUCGCUGAGUCCAUGCGGGAUCAUCCCUCUCCCCAAGAACCGAAGGACCCAUCAAUCCCACAAAUGGCGGCUUCACAUCCCAUCCCCCAGCCAAUAACCAAUUAUUCUGGGUCUCAAACGUAUGCCGCAGUGCCGCUCCCUCAACAUAUCCAUAUCAAUAAUACUGUGCCUUCUGGCCCUGCUCCUUUGGAUGGAGCUUGGAGUGCUGCAGAUACCAAUAAAAAUUCGGGGAGGAGGGAAGGAACCUUCAAGGGAAACUCACCAACUAUCGAGCCCAAGGAUGAGAGAGCCAAUCUUCGAGACAGUAUUGAGCCAAUUGUCCUACAGUUUUCGUCCUCGAAAGAUGCCAAUGGCUAUCGUCCAGAUAGGAGGCCAAUGCCAGUCGACCCUACGGUUCCACGUACAGUUUCAGAGCAGAAAGAAUGUGUUGUCAGCCUUAUAAAGGCGAUGAAAAGUUUUGAAUGUGCUACGGACAACUGGGGCAUGAUUAAGCCAUUUGCAAACCGGAAAUUUAGUGAUAGAAAGAUCGAAGUAUGCUGCUGGAAUAUCUUGACUCGCAAGACGGUCUGCCGUCAUUUAUUGGAUCCUUACUAUCUCCUCCAAUUUGUGGAUGACCCAAGUUCAUGCCUAAGUGAUGGGGUACCUCACACUCUGGCGAGCCCUUUCGCUACCCCUAAACAUGAAGACGGGACCGCCAGCAGCUCUUUUCCUUCGAACUCGGGCCUGAAAAUCAUUCCGGGAGUUGAAGCUCCACACCCGGCCCAACAGCCAGUCAGGUUUCACCAACUGAGCCCACAAGCCAGCCCUAUGAUAAGUAUGCAAUCCCCGGCUGCUGGGCAAUCUGUGCCGGGUCCAUCAGUAGUCUACCCAACAUACCCAGCCGGCAACUUUGGUGCUACGCCAUUCAUUGGAUACCAUCCGGGUCAUGCCUAUAACUCUGCUCAGGGAGCUGCUGGAAAUAUUGUCCAGACCCAGGUGGGUACGAUGGUAAAUGCACCACAAGUUAACGCUACUUCUCCUCCAAGAUCACCAUGGAAUCAGGCGUAUUCCAAUACUAUGCCAUCAGCACAGUACCAAAUCUCUCCAAGGACUCCAAGCAUGCGCAUGCCUUCCACAGUGUCUAAAUAUCCCACUCCUCCAGUUUCUAGCGGGUCAACUCCCUAUUGCCAAGCUAAGCUGGCACACAAGGCAUCUCGAAAGAGAUCAGCAGAUGCCUCUGACAGAUCAGAGAGUCCCGUGAAGAAAGGACGCUACUAG